AGGCAGUUACGGUAUCCUGCAGACGUUGUACGCGCCAGAUACGGUUACAAAAGCGGUAUAUGAAAUUUAUUACGAUCAUAUCACUGAAACAAAAAUCUAGUUGAGCUAAACCAUCAGUUUACACCUUCAAGUCUACGGCUACAGACUAUACUGCCCGAUUCUUUCCAAUAAUAGGGGUAUUUACUCUUUUGUUUCCACGCCUAUCUUCAACAUGGUUGAUUUCCAAACCAUGGCCAGCUCUAACAGCCGGCUCUCAAGCGUCAAGGGACCCAUUAUCGCUCUUUUCGUAGGUGCUACCUCCGGUAUUGGUCUGGGUGUUCUCAGGGAAUUCGCACGUCAGGCCGUGAACCCUCACAUCUAUUUUGUUGCCCGCAACCCAACUAAGGCAGGCCCCAUAGCAGAUGAACUACGCCUUAUUAAUCCCCAUGCUAAGUGCGAAAUUAUCCAUAGGGAUGUUUCGCUUAUCAAAGAUUCUGAGAAGGUAGCUGAGGAGGUUAUGGCUCAGGAAUCCUCACUAGACCUACUUUUUAUGUCUCAAGGCUUUGUGUCCUUGGAUGGACGACAAGAUACCAGUGAGGGUCUUGAUGCCAGUAUUUCGACGCGCUACUAUUCCCGCAUUCGGAUUGCCCAACUGUUGCUACCAUUACUCAACAACUCUCAAAGUCCACGCGUCGUGUCUGUCCUCGCGGGCGGAAAGGAAGGUCCAAUUGAUGAACAUGACCUAGCUCUAGACAAGCCUGGAAAUUUCUCGAUGUCUGCUGCGAGCUACCACAGCUGUACCAUGAACACUCUAAUGCUAGAACGUCUUGCAUCCGAGUACCCCCGUGUCAGCUUCAUUCACGCCUAUCCUGGCUUUGUGGACACGCCGUUAUUCGAUGGCGUUAGCAGUGGUAUCCAAGGGAAACUACUCAGUUACACUCUAGUUCCUGUGGCCAGACUCUUCGCCAGGAGCAUUUCCGAUGCUGGCAGUUGGGGUUUGUUUGCUGCUACCAGUGCGCGUUAUAGCGUCGAUGACGGGAUGGUUCCUCUGACUCGAGGUAUAGAGAAGGCCGAAAAAACUAAAGGCGGCAUCUUUCUCGUAAAUGAGAAAGGUGAGUCGACCGAUAAUGAGAACGUGUUGGGGCCUUUCAGGCAAAGGGGCGUGGAUGAAAAGAUUUGGGUUCAUACCAAGGAAGUCUUCGCUAAUAUUAUGUAACCACGUCAAGGUGAAGUGAC